AUGGACGGCGAGCAGUUUCGGGCUGCAGCCCAUUCGGCAAUUGACGACAUCGUCAAAUACUUUGAUUCCGUCCCCGACCGGCGAGUCCUCCCCGUCGUCGACCCCGGAUACCUGCGCCCGCUGAUCCCCGAAAACCCUCCUGCCGAGCCAGAAGCAUGGGCGCAGAUCCAGGAGGAUGUCGAUACCAAGAUCAAACCCGGUUUGACCCAUUGGCAGUCGCCGAACUUCAUGGCAUACUACCCCGCUGGCGUCACAUAUCCGAGUAUCUUGGGCGAGAUGUACUCGGCGACAUUCACGGCCCCGGCGUUCAAUUGGUUGUGCUCUCCAGCUUGCACCGAGCUGGAAACGAUUGUCAUGGACUGGGUUGCCAAGGCGCUGGGCCUGCCUGAGUGCUUCCUGAGCACCUCGAAGAACCUCGGAGGUGGUGUGAUCCAGAACAGCGCCAGUGAUGCGAUUGCGACCAUGUUGGUUGCCGCCCGCGAGAGGCGGGUGCGCGAGAUGGUGCUCGCCGAAGGUUUCAAGGAGGGUACUACCGAGUAUGAAGAGCGCAAGAUGGACCUGCAGCCUCGACUGGUGGCUAUCGCAAGCGAUCAAACACACAGCAGUGCCGCAAAGGGCGCAUUGAUUGCAGGCACUCGCUUCCGCAGCGUGCCUACUUGUCUGGAGGAGAACAUGGAGAUGACCGGCCCCCGUCUGCGCGAGGUUCUCGAGCAGUGCGACAAGGACGGACUCACUCCGUACCACUUGACGAUGACUUUUGGCACCACCAACACGUGCAGUGUCGACCAUUUCGCUGAGAUUAAGGCCGUGCUACGGGAGAAGCCUGCGUGGCAGCGUAUCUGGGUACAUGUCGAUGCUGCAUAUGCGGGAGCCUCUCUAGUAGCGGACGAGUGGCAGUACAUCGCCAAGGACUUUGCGGAAGGCGUGGAUAGUUUCAACAUGAACAUGCACAAAUGGUUGCUGGUCAACUUUGAUGCAAGCGUCCUCUUUGUGCGGAAUCGCCUGGAUUUAACCAACGCCCUCGACAUCACCCCGACCUACCUGCGCAACCCGUACUCUGACAUGGGAACUGUCAUCGACUACCGCAACUGGUCCAUCUCACUAGGCCGCCGCUUCCGUGCCCUGAAGAUAUGGUUCGUUAUGCGCAGCUAUGGCCUCAAUGGCAUGAAGGCACACAUCCGCAAGACCAUCGAGCUCGGCAAUACAUUCGCCGACCUCGUCCGGGGCCGGCCAGACCUGUUUGAGAUUGUCACUAAACCAGCUUUCUGCUUGACGGUGCUGCGCGUCAAGAAUCCCCAGGUAUCUAAUGGCACUAACGGUGUGACCGUCGCUCACAAGGAUGAGGUGGCCGAUGGCAUCACCAAGAAGGUGUAUGAGUUGAUCAACUCACGCGGUGAGAUCUUCAUUACUUCGACGGUCAUCGCCGGGAUCUAUGUGAUUCGCGUGGUGAGUGCCAACCCCAUGGCCGAGGAGAAGUAUGUCCGCAAUGCCUUCGAUAUUCUGGUCCGGACGACGGAGGAAGUGCAGCAGCAGCAGAAGUAG